CUGCGCGCUCCUCCAAUAAGCACCAAACACAAUAAUGCGUGAUGCGACCCUGUGUGAUGAGCAUCAUCCCCUCAGCUGUGUGUUUGAUAUCUGCUGCUGCUAAAGUUCAGCAAAGGGGGCCUGAGUAUCUAAGAAUAUGAACAAAGUGGAUCCACUGCGUCGGCCUGCUGCCUCUCCAAAGUUCACGAUUGAAAAUAUCCUGAAUCUCCAAACAAGCGGGAGGAACUAUGUUGUCUGUCAAGCAGCCGGACAGCAGGAGGAGAGGAGGUUCACGGCGAUGGGGCAUCAUGACUCCCACCAAAGGCAGAGCAAAGUCCAGCAGAGGAGGCAGAAGAAGGAGAGCAGGGAGCUGAAACAAACGGGUAAGAUAGACAACUUAUGGAGAACACUCACCUGAAAACCUCACUCUCAGAUUCAAUCUUUUGUUUUUGUUUUCCAGAGUUGAACAGAGUCUCGAUUGGAGCAGCAGACGCAGCAAACCUCCACUGCGCAGACACCAUCCACGGACACAGCAGCUCCACCUCCGCGGACACCGUUCCCAACGACGGAGGAGGAAACAUCGAAAAGAAGUCACCCAAAAAGAAAACACGCACUAUUUUCUCGAGGAGACAGGUUUUACAGUUGGAGUCUACUUUCGACAUGAAACGUUACCUGAGCAGCGCAGAGCGCGCCUGCCUCGCCUUUUCUCUUCAGCUGACGGAGACCCAGGUGAAAAUAUGGUUUCAGAACCGCAGGAAUAAACUGAAAAGGCAAAUAUCCACACAAAUUGACGGAGCUAUUAUUGAUUUUCCUGAAAUUGGAAAGCCUAUUGUUGUGGGACAGCUUAAUGGACCAUUAUACACGGAGGGCGACCUGCUGGGGAAUCACUUAGAACCAACAGGCCUGUCUGUGCCCGCUGUUUACUGCCGGAGCAGCACAUCUUACCUCUGCUUCUCAAGUGCCAGCAAGUACAUCAGCCUGUUUGACAGGGACGUAUGAUAGUUUAAUCAUUCUUCCAUGUAAAGACAAUUUAAAAAACACUGGUAGUUUAAUGUGAAGGUCAAGCAUUUGUAGUUGGCCCAGUAAGACAGAGACAGACCUGAUGGCAGCUCUGCGUAAAUCUAGGUUUUUACGCAUCACUUAAAAGUUUACUGAUCCUGAGUGAUUUUUCUCUGACUAUAGUUGACACACAUUACACACAGACUGGAC